AUUAAAGGGCUGUGUGGACACAUUUGGAGGCAGGUUCUAUGACUGGAACAUAACGUCACCUGAGAAAACAACCCUGAGCUGGAGCAGGACCAAGACAAAAUGGCUGCUUCUCAGGGACCGUUGUCCUUUAGGGAUGUGGCCGUAGACUUCUCUCAGGAGGAGUGGGAAUGCCUGGACCCAGCUCAGCGGACAUUGUACCUGGAUGUGAUGUUGGAGAACUACAGGAACCUGGUUUCCCUGGGUGACGAUGACUUCGUUCCAGAGCUCCUCCUCCAGCCCCUGGCUAUUUUAUCUGAGGACAACCAGGCUUCUUUGCAAAAGCCAAAACUGGAAGAUUUAUUCCCUGAAAUAAUACUGAGGAAGGAAAUGUGCCUCAGAAGCGUGGGUGAUGUGAGCUGAUUAAAGGGCUGUGUGGACACAUUUGGAGGCACGUUCUCUGACUGGAACAUAGCGUCACCUGAGAAAACAACCCUGA